AUGACAGAGCUGGAGACAGCCAUGGGCCUCAUCAUCGACGUCUUCGCCCGGUACUCAGGCGGUGACGGCCACCGGCAGACCCUGACCAAGGGGGAGCUGAAGCAGCUCAUGGAGAAGGAGCUCCCCGGCUUCCUGCAGAGCGGAAGGGACAAGGAUGCUGUGGGCAGGCUGCUCAAGGACCUCGAUGCCAACGGAGAUGCCGAGGUGGACUUCAGUGAGUUCAUCGUGUUUGUAGCCGCACUCACGUCUGCCUGCCACAAGUACUUUGCACAGACAGCAUCCAAGUGA